AUGAUUUGCUCCAUCAUUGAACCAUGUUUGACAUGGGCUGGAAUUGAUUCUAUGGACGAAACAGGAAGUUCAAUGAACAAUGCAAGUUUGCGGGGUUUGAUUUCCCCUGGCUUCCGCGAUUAUGCAGCAUCUUUACCCGGCUAA